AUUCUUAUUCUGAGCUCCACGAGCGUCAGGUCCCGCGGCGCGUCCCCGUGUGUCUCUGUCCUCCUGCAGCCGCCCGGCAGUGAUAAUAAACACUCACACACACGCAGUACCGGCGGAUCAGUUACACACAGUGAGGAUAAUGAAGGUGGACUUUGAGGAGUGUCUGAAAGACUCGCCCCGCUUCCGGGCUGCUGUAGAAGAUGUAGAGGGAGAUGUUGGAGAACUGGAAUCCAAACUGGACAAGUUGGUGAAGCUGAGUAUCGGGAUGAUCGAUGCUGGUCGAGUUUACAGUCACGCCAACAGACAGUUCAUUAACGGGAUCCGAGAUUUAGCUCUGCAGUCCAGCAGAGACGAUGUCAUCGGGUCCAGUUUAGCUGCUUUUGCUGAGACGCUGCAGGAGAUGAAUAACUACCACACAAUCUUGUUCGACCAGGCACAGCGAUCGGUCAGGUCUCAGCUUCAGACCUUCGUGAAAGAAGACCUGAGGAAGUUUAAGGAGGUGAAGAAACAGUUUGAUAAGGCCAGCGAGGAAAAGGAGGUGGCCCAGGUGAAAAAUGCCCAGGUUCCCCGGAACAAGCCACACGAGGUCGACGAGGCCACCAACCUCCUCACCACCACCCGGAAGUGCUUCCGCCACAUCUCCCUCGACUACGUCCUGCAGAUCAACGUUCUUCAGUCCAAGAAGAGGCUGGAGAUCCUCAAAUCGAUGCUCUCGUUUAUGAGCUCCAACCUGAGCUUCUUCCAGCAGGGAUACACACUGUUCAACGACCUGCAGCCCCUGAUGAAGCAGCUCGGGGGACAGCUGGAUCAACUGGUUGUCGAUUCAGCAAAGGAGAAAAGAGACAUGGAGCAGAAACACUCCGCCAUCCAGCAGCAGGCUGCACUACAGGACUUGUCCUCAGAGGACUGUGGGCUGCAGGUCAGUGUGGACUGUGAGGAUGGAGUGAUGAUGGAGGGAUAUCUCUUCAAACGAGCCAGCAAUGCUUUUAAAACCUGGAACAGGCGCUGGUUCUCCAUUCAGCACAAUCAGCUCGUCUACCAGAAGAGAUUCAGGGAUAACCCCACUGUAGUGGUUGAAGACCUUCGGCUCUGCACGGUUAAGCAGUGUGAGGACGUGGAGCGGCGUUUCUGCUUCGAGGUCGUCUCUCCAAACAAGAGCUGUAUGCUGCAGGCUGACUCAGAGAAACUGCGACAGUUCUGGACCAAAGCUGUACAGAACAGCAUCGCUUCAGCGUACAGGGAGAAUGGAGACGAACCUGUGGCUAGGUUGCAGCGCGAGUCGUCAGCGUCCCUGGGCAGUCUGGACUCUCUGGGCGAGUGUCGCUCUGGACGUACUGACAGUCCUCUACAACGCGUGCUGUCCAUCAGAGGGAACCAGACAUGCUGCGACUGCGGGGAGGCGGAGCCUCGGUGGGCCAGCAUCAACCUGGGCAUCACGCUCUGCAUCGCCUGCUCCGGCAUCCACAGGAGUUUAGGGGUUCAUAACUCCAAGGUGAGAUCACUGACCCUCGACUCGUGGGAACCCGAACUGCUUAAGCUAAUGUGUGAGCUGGGUAAUGAGCUGAUUAAUCAGAUCUAUGAGGCCCGCAGAGCAGAGCUAGGGUGGAAGAAACCACAGCCUGGAGACUCCAGGCAAGAUAUCGAGGCCUACAUCCGGGCCAAGUACGUGGAGAAGAGGUUUGUGCGAAAGCAAGACUCGCAGGAGCAAAGGUCAAAGGUCAUGACGCUAAGUAAACAUGACAAGCAUCUAAAAGGAAGCGUAGAGUUCCUGCCUCCUCGGCCGCCCCCUCCCACUCCUAAAAUCCGCCCGGCCUCCAACACCACUGCACCCCUCAGUGGACAGGAGGCACGACGGGACUCACUCUUCUGCCCCGAUGAGCUCGAUUCCCUCUUUUCCUACUUUGACACAUCAUCAAAACUGAGGAGUUUGAAGAGUGCAGACAGCGGCAUUCACACCAGCGCUGACGGAAGCAGAGAGAUGCUUAACUCUUCAUCCAACAACAGCCUGAGUGAACCAGAUAUGCAAGAGGUAGAGCCUCCACAUGAGUCCCUGCCUGUUCUUCACCAUGUGUCUGAGUGUUCCCCGAGUAUGCUGCUGUACUGGGCCUCAUGUGCCUCCAGUUUAGCUGACAUGGUGGAGGCGUUAGCACUAGGAGCAGAUGUUAACUGGCCAAACCCUGAGGAUCAGAGCCGUACCCCACUGAUGCAGGCAGUAAAGGGGGGUUCAUUACUCCCCUGUGAGUUUCUGCUGCAAAACUCAGCUAAUGUGGAUCAGCAAGAUGCUCAAGGAAGAGGGCCACUGCACCAUGCUGCCAUGCUGGGCCACACUGGACAGGUUUGUUUGUUCCUGAAGCGAGGAGCUUGUCAGAGCGUCUCUGACAUGGAUGGCAGGAGUCCACUUUCCAUCGCUAUGGAUACCACGAAUGCUGACAUCGUCACUCUGCUGCGCAUGGCAAAGGUGAAUGAGGAGAUGAGGGAGUCACUGGAUCAGCCGACUCAAUACUUUCAGUCUCACAGUCACUCGGACCAGUACAGGAAGUGCAUCCAGGAGUUCAUCGCUCAGCAGCUGGACGAGUUUUAACACACAAACCUACACCAUAGACAAUAGGCGACCCAGACAGAAGGGUGCUAACACAUGACUCAACACCACAGGUGCUAACCACUAACCAUCCAAGUACCACAUAUGAUAACCACUGUAGCUGGAAGCAUGCUAACACAUGACUAAACGCCAUAGAUAACCGAGAUAGCUGGAUAGGUGCUAACACAAGACCAAACACCAUGGAUAAUAGCCAACACAGCUGGAUCGGUGCUAACACAAGACUAAACCACAAGACUAAAACUAUCUCCCAUAGAUACUAACAAACACACAACAAAUCCUGGAUCAGUAUUACUGUACAGUAUGUACUGUACCUGGAUAUAAGACAAUGAAUAUGUUGUGAUUAUUAAUCGUUAGAGCCCCACUGCCAUAACACUACUCUUGGCUAACAGUUUGACAAGAGAAUGUAUACUCCACUCAUCCUCCUUCCCUUUUGGACAAAUCAUGUCCCAUUUUAUUGCUGUUUAACAAGGUAAAGGCACAGGAGCAACCCGAGUGUUAAGGUUUUAAAUAUAAAUAAGCUGAGCACUGUUUGAAAUGGCCACAGGGGGCGCUAGUCCACUCUGUGCAAAUAUUCAAUAUAUUUUAGUUUAGGGCUUCAACUUGUAACCCGCCCUUCUAUGGUUUCAAUUUACACACAGUAACUUAUCCUUAAGUGAAGUCCAGUCCCCGCCCACAAAUAUUCUGAUAUUUUUUGGAAACAGUGGCAAAGUUUCAGAG